AUGAAGUGGUCAAGAGCUCACAACGAGGACAGCAAGGACAACAAGAAACUCCGAGUCCGUUUUAUACUGUUUACCCAGAGCCGCAGAUCUCUGAAUCGGCCCUAUCAGAGGAGUGUCAAUGUGGGAACCACUCCUGUGAAGUUUGGAUAUGUGCACCGAGCUUGUGUGUUUCAACAUCCGCUCCCUUCCUUUGCGCUCAUCUGCAAAGGCAAGCGCAUGGAGAGAUUAUUGGCCAGAGGUCGGAUUGCUUCGGGCAACAAUUUUGACUCUAACGCGGCGGUACCGACACGAGUGGCUGAGGCUGCGGAGGGUCAGGGCGAAGCGGGUUGCCCGCCCGCACUUGACGCCAAAUUAGAGCAAUGA